AUGAGCUGGAUCGACAAGUACGAUGUAGCUGUGCCCUCCUACCAAGUCACCGAUGGCAAGUUCCGUCGCAUGUGGAAGACACUCCGUAAGCACGUGAACGAACACACGAGACGUCACCGCCACCUGACGCCCGGCUCGGCGCACAAAUGCCGUUGCGCUGAAACGCGCUGCGAAUUUGACGGACUGUACCCGGUACUGCAGUCGUUCCCGUUCCCGUCGCGCCGCUCGCUUCGCUCAAAGUUCACAGGACUGGACCAUUCUGCAGUCAACGAACGCCGUAACGGUCUGGCAGCCGUUGUGGCGAUUUUACACGAAUUCUUCAGCAAUUUUGCCAGUUCGGUACUACAUGAAAAGCUACAGGACGACAAGUGCUUGGUGCUCAAGACGUAUGUGAACUUCCUAGGUGUUACCGAACAUUUCCAAGCCGACGCAUCGGUCGCGUUACAUCGUCCUCUGGUCUUGAACGCCUGGAGGCAACAAUGUGCUGAUCAGAUGCUUCGUCAAGACGAGGAGGAAAACGACAGCGCUCUCGACGACAGCGAUCAUCUCGUGAAACCUGUGCGCGUUCACACCAUGCAUUCGUUCAUGGAAGAGUUCUGUGAACAUGUUCUGAGUCAGUUCGCAAGCGACAUCGAUGAACUGAACUCGCCCGACCUCUCCCCAACGCGUCGCUGGGAGAUCUGUCUGUACGUGGCGUGCCGAAUCGGCCACGCGUACGCCGUGCAGCUCAUUCUGUUCAACUACGCGGAUGCCAACACCGCCAUGGCGGAUGGCUCCUCUUGUCUGCAUAUUGCAGCUCGAAUUGGUCGAACAGACGUUGUUGCACUCUUGCUGGACGAAGGUGCCGACGUCAGUAAAGCCAACGACGCCGGUGUCACUCCGCUGAUCGCUGCGUGUCGCAAUGGAUGCGUCGACGUCGUGAAGCUUCUCCUUGACUCUGGCGCCAGGGUUUCGGUCUGUAGCAACCGUGGCACCUAUCCUCUACACGCCGCUAUAGUCUCUGAAAAUAUCGAGAUCGUAGCGAUGCUCGUCGAGCAUGGCGCGAACGUGAAUGUCAUGACCGCUAGUGGCAUCACCCCACUGCACUUUGCAGCAAAAUUGGGCUCAUUAGCCAUCUCCGAGUACUUGCUACGGCACGAUGCUGACCCGGAGAAACGCACCAAAAACGACAGUGAUGCCAUGAUGAUCGCUGAGGCUAAUGGCCACGCAACUAUCUGCGAGUUGUUCCAGCGGUUCUCGGGCAUUGUCGCCAAUGAGCAUGUGGGAUCGGACUACAAGCUCAAUAUCAGUGAGACCGGCAAGUCUCCAGACAUGGUGCGCAUGCUCUCACAGCAUCGACUGUCACGUGCAGCCUAGAGGAAGACGCAA